UUCGUACACCAUCUCGAUCUCAACCACCGUCUCCCACGUCUUCCAUGGAUUUGUUUACGCGAUCUCUACGAUCGCUGUCGAAGCUGCCGGCCCCGGCCACCUCCGGUUGCGGGCCGGCCAUGGACAGCAGCCGCCACGACCACGCGCUCCCUUCCUUGUUCGCGGGUCAAACGGCAUGCGUAUAUAAGAUCCCGUCCAUGGCCGCGGUCGAUUGGAGGUUGCACCGUUCAUUUGUUAGAGCUUAGCUAGCUAGCAGCAGCCUUGCACGGCGGCGAGAGGAUUAGACCGGCGGCGAUCGAGCGGAUGAGGAUUUCGAGGCCGUACUCGGGGGUGUCCAGAAGCGGGGCGACGGCGAGGACGGGGCCGCACGCGCUGCCGCUGGCGCGGAUCAAGAAGAUCAUGAAGCGGUCCGCGGGGGACGGCAGCGGCGGCGACGGCGCCGGGGCGAGGAUGAUCUCGGGCGAGGCGCCCGUGGUGUUCUCCAGGGCGUGCGAGCUGUUCGUCGCCGAGCUGACGCAGGCCGCCUGGGCCGCCACGCUCGAGGGCCGGCGCCGGACCGUGCACGCCGAGGACGUCGCCGCCGCCGUCAGGGACACCGACCUCUUCGACUUCCUCGUCGACGUCGUCAAGCCCAGGCUAGGUGACGAUGGCGUCGAUGCCGCGGACGGCGAAGGCCGGGUCGCGCCGGGCGCCGGUGUCCACGGGGGCGCGCUCGACUAGAAACUUGUCAAUGCAUGCAUCCGGAUCCAUGCAUGCACGGUCGUUGUGGUUAAUAUGGAAUCAAACUGUACGGCGAUUAAUUGCACUAAUUUCGUUCAUGUUGUUUUUACUUGCUACUGCUGCCGCCAAUUCAAACCGAAUGACUCGCCGGUGCAACUAGCACGAUUUAAUUACCUUGUACACACAAGCAUUCGAGCAGUAUAUGUCUACCUUUGUCAGUC